CAGGUACAAUCAUCCCUGCUGCAUCGUUCAUUCCUUCCGACUGACUCUUCCCGGGUUCUGCUUACCAGCCUCUUGCAUUGCUGGUAAGUGCUUUUGAUUCUUGCCGACCAUGGCUUUCUCGCGAUUGAUCCACUGUCUCGUACUUUUCAUCGUUGUUCUUAUCCUGUCUGCUCGGUACUUUUGGAAUGACGCAGCUGUGCUUCCGCUCCAGCCCAAUCCUGCACCUACUACCGACACGAACGCUACCAUCCCAGCCAUGUCUUCUGGUCUGAAGUCCGUGGCCUACUUCGUCAAUUGGGCGAUUUAUGGCCGCAACUACAAUCCUCAGGACAUUCCGGCCGACAAGCUGACUCAUGUCCUAUACGCAUUUGCUAACGUUCGCCCGGACACUGGUGAAGUUUAUCUGUCCGACACCUGGUCAGACAUUGAGAAGCACUACCCCACAGACUCCUGGAAUGACGUCGGUACCAAUGUCUAUGGCUGUGUUAAGCAGUUGUUUUUGCUCAAGCAGCAAAAUAGGAAGUUGAAGGUCUUGCUCUCCAUUGGCGGUUGGACCUACUCUCCCAAUUUCGCUCAAGCCGCUAGCACUGAUGCUGGCCGCACUAAGUUUGCUGAGACUGCAACUAAAUUGGUCACUGAUCUUGGAUUCGAUGGCAUCGAUAUCGAUUGGGAGUACCCCAAAGAUGAUACAGAAGCGCAAAAUAUGGUCCUUCUGCUUCAGAAGUGCCGUGAGACUCUGGAUGCAACUGCUGGUGCGAACAGGAAGUUCCUUCUCACUAUCGCUUGUCCAGCUGGUCCUGCUAAUUACACCAAGCUCAAGCUGUCUCAGAUGACGCCAUACCUGGACUUCUACAACUUGAUGGCCUACGACUAUGCCGGAAGUUGGGACACUGUUGCCGGUCAUCAAGCCAACUUGUAUCCCUCGGCUGACAAGCCAGGGUCGACGCCAUUCUCGACCAAUGAGGCAGUGAACUACUACAUCCAGAAGGGUGGGGUCCCCUCGUCCAAGAUAAUCCUGGGAAUGCCGCUGUAUGGGCGUGCCUUUACCAACACUGAUGGACCCGGGACCGCAUUCUCGGGGGUCGGACAGGGAAGCUGGGAGCAAGGUGUUUGGGACUACAAAGCAUUGCCCAGAACGGGAGCCACUGAAUAUGCUGAUGCAAAUCUGGGUGCAUCCUGGAGUUAUGAUCCCACGGCACGCACCAUGGUUUCCUACGACACUGUGGCCGUGGGCGAGAUGAAGUUGGACUAUAUCACCAAGCUUCAGCUCGGCGGUGGCAUGUGGUGGGAAACCAGCGGUGACAAAGGAGGAAAGACCGCCAACAAAGCUGACGGCAGUCUGAUUGGAACCUUCGUGGAAGGGAUUGGAGGCGUGUCAGCCCUCGACCAGUCGCAGAACGUGCUCUCCUACCCUGAGAGCAAGUACGACAACCUGAGGAACGCAUUUCAGUAGAGCGAUUGAUACUCUCAUCUAUCUUUCAGUUUAGUUGAGCAGGCUUUUCUCAUUUACAUAUGGUUUAUCUACGUAUUAGGUAGUCUAAAUUGAGAGCGGUUUCGAAUUU